AUGGUCUCUACAACUCGAUCGCAAGGUAGCCACGGCUCGUCAGGCAAGAUCCUGACGGUUGAGGAGCUGCGUGCGAAUUGCUAUGAGACUGCCGCAAAGGCUGCGAGGCUGCAAAAGAUGGUCGACGACUUCGAAGUGACCACCUGCCCCAAAGGACACGGCGCACGGCGUGCAAGAGCAAAGAAGCAACUCCGCAAGGCUAAAGACCAGCUGUAUCGCACUGCUGUCAAAUGUUCUCGUCUAGAUUGCCCGCCAUUAUUACAAGCCUUGCAAGACCACCUGCCGCGAGAGCUGCGCGACAUGGUCUACGCUGAACUGAUGGACUUAGACAAUCCAGUGUUUGACAUCCGGCUAGUGGGCAGGAAUGUCACUGAAGGUCGAGAUCCUUACUACGUUGAUCCCGCCAUCGUCGGUAAAGAGGCGGCGCUAGAGAUUCUACAACUUCGUUACCGACGUAGCCGCUUUGACAUCCACCACGACGCUCUCAUAGAAAAGGUUCUCAAUCAAGAUGCAUGGAGGCAGGAUAUCCAACCGAAACGCUGGCUCUCCACGAUUCAUAUCCACUUGCCAGAGGACAUCUAUCAGCUUGAAGAGCGCAGAACCUUAUUUAGUCAGCGUUUCGAGUUGUUGAAGGAGCUCACCAAUACCCGUGCACGCAUUGAGGUAUUUUUCCCCAACAAAGAACGAUACUGGCAUCUCCAGAUUGGUCAUAUGCGUGAAAGAUAUCAGGAUCUACUUCCCACCGACCCGACUAUACGCCAAGCCAUGUUAGCUACUACUGAACGACUAUCAGCCUCUAAUAAUGGGACCGAGAUCGAUGCCGCUGUUCAUAACGAGAACGUGCAUAUCAUCAUGGAGGCCAUAUUCCCGAGCCUGACCGCCUUGAAGGCUCGAGGCCACCAGAUUCACUUGGACGAUAGGAUUAGCGGGUGGACAUGGACGGCGGGGGAGGGAAGCGCCACAUUCGCUGAUGCCUGGACUAAUCGAAGGCAGUUUCGUAAGGCGGAAGUCCGCGAGUACAUGAGGCUGUCUCUGUAUCAGAUGUACCCUUCGGGACGUAAUCUGGAUGCUGGGGAGAAGGCGGAGAUGAGAGCGGAGGGUUAG